CCAACUUUGACGACCUUCUGUCUGCUCUCUUGACCGCUUCUCUGUUUCCCCAUGUCUCCGGAGUUCUUGUCAUUGUGAUAUUUGUGCUUUCCCGAGCUCGUGGCUUGAGGCAAUCAGACAGAGCGCUAAUGGUUGCGGAUCGUUUGCGAGAGGUCAUACUGUCAAUUCUGUCCGUGGAUGACACCGCGCUCCAAACAACAGCACAAACCGCCGAUCACUCCGUCGACCAAGCCCGUCCACAUUCGCCUGACACGACCGCAAAUCUGCCCACUGCAGAGGUUCAGCGCCUCAAAUUUCAGCUCACACGCUCUGAUGCGGACGUUCACGUCCUCGCAACCGAGCUCGGAUGGACCAAAGGCCACCUCGCGUCCCUGUCCACCGAGCUGACCACCCUGCGCGGUGCAUACACCCGCCAGCGCUCCGCCUACAAAACCGACCUCGCGCACAAAUCAGUGGAAAUGCAUCAUCUCCACGCCGACCUCGGCGCGUCCACCUCCCGCGCUGGGGCUUUACAAGUAGCGCUGGACGAAUCGCGCGCAGGCGCCGAAGCGCUCGCGGAGCGCUCAGAGGGAGCCGAGCAGGCGUUCGCCGCGCUGCAGGACGUCGCCGAGCAGUCCGGCCGGCGGGUGGACGAGCUGAGUGGGGAGGUGGCGAGAGCGAAGACGGAGCUUGAGGCUGAGCGGCGUGCUACGCGUGUGUGCGUUUGCAGACACCCUCCUCCUGCGUUGAGGGAGUCUUGCGGCGUUCAGACAGAUCUUGGGGUGCUUGAGCCCAAGCCCCCUCCGGCGGUGAGGGUGUCCUGCGGCGUUCAAUCUGACCGUGUGCUGCCAGUGCUUCAGCCGAUAGGCAAGGAGAGUGGCCUCGCUCUGUUGGAGCGACCGAAACCUUCCUUGUUGCUAGGGGGCAAAGCUAAAACGCCGUCGUCGGCGAGCACCGAGUCCACACACCCCAAGCCUCCUUCCGAGGGGCCUCUCCCUAACCCCUGGGACAAGUCGCCAUCGCCUCCAUCUCACGCACACCCUCCCUCGCUUCUCCCUUCGUCAAUACACGGUUUGAGAGGGUCUGGACUUUCAAGAAUACCGAGAUUCGCCUCCGGGAAUGACAGUGACUCGAGCGGAUCUCUCAGUCCUAUGUUGAGCCCCAAUCUCUCCUCGCCAAGCUCUCCUGCAACGAGCGUGGAAGGCAGCAACUUCGCUUCAUUUACAUUGCCUCGUCUUCCCAAACCCACGGAUGAACCAAGUUUGCGCACAGCAAACGCUCAGCCUCGGUCUGCUCGCGUUCGGCCUGCGCAUGGUGCACGACGUCUUCGUUAGCUGCUUCACGCCUGUAUUUCAUUUCAUUUCUCGGUCAUUUUCCGUUUGCUAUAAGUCUAGGAUAACUUGCUGUUACCGCAGUUUUCUUUGAAGUAAAAAAUGGUAUUAUUCUCCG